UUCAUUUCGCCGUCUCCCUCGUCCUUUUCUUCUCCGGACUCUUCUGCUUGUCCGAUCCCCCCGGAUUCUUAAUUCAAUCUCGAGCCCUUCCUCCUUCGAUCCCUCGGCUCCUUCUGUCGCUCGCCGAAUCCGCACGCUGACGUCCAUGAUUCCCUCCACGUCGUCACGUAGCUCAUCAUGAUCCUCGCCGGCACGCUUCGUGCCGUCUCGACCCCACCCGCGACGCGGACGCUACCGGGCGCCUGCUCUGCUAUAUAGCGGGUCGCCCCGCCACUGUGAAAGCUGGAGGCCCCAGGGGAAGUGAUGGAUUCCGCAGAUUCUCUCCGCGAUGAGGAAGCUCCGUUGGUCGUCGCCGCCUCCGCCGAGGCCUCGCCGGCGGCGGCGGCGGCGGCUCCGUCGCCUCGGGGGAGCCAUGUCCGGGACGUCCAUAUACUGAGCUGCGGGUUUCUGCUCAUCUUCUCGGCCUACGGGGCUGCUCAGAAUCUCGAGAGCACCGUGAACACUACGGAUAAUUUGGGCACGAUCUCGCUCGGCAUACUGUACGUGUCCUUCACAUUUUUCUCCUUGGUUGCUUCUCUGGUGGUUCGGGCACUGGGUCCCAAAAAUGCUAUUCUUCUGGGGACUUCUGGUUACUGGCUGUUCAUAGCAGCGAAUUUGAAACCAUCCUGGUUCACAAUGGUUCCGGCUUCUUUAUAUCUUGGGUUUGGUGCGUCAAUAAUAUGGGUUGGGCAGGGUACAUAUCUCACCUCGACUGCGCGUACUCAUGCAAAAGAUUUAAGCUUACAUGAAGGAACAGUUAUCGGUGCCUUUAAUGGAGAAUUUUGGGGAACGUUUGCCAGUCACCAGGUUGUUGGGAAUCUAGUAUCGCUAGCUCUUUUGAGUGAGGAAACGGAUGGGACUUCAAGCGGAACGACAUUACUGUUCAUUGUGUUUCUUUGCUGUACGACCUUUGGCACCAUACUUAUGUGUUUCUUGAGAAAAAGAGACAGUAGAGAAGAAAGAGCUUCCCCAGAAUACCCUGCUAGUUUCCGUUCUUCUCUGGUGUCUCUAUCAAAGUCUGUGAUUAAUCCUUUGUUUGAUGUACGGAUGCUGCUGGUAAUCCCGCUGAUUGCAUAUUCAGGGUUGCAGCAAGCAUUUGUUUGGGCUGAAUUCACGAAGGACAUUGUCAAGCCAGCUCUUGGGGAGUCUGGUGUAGCUGGUUCUAUGGUCGUCUAUGGGGUGUUUGAUGCUAUAUGCUCCCUGACUGCUGGUCGUCUCACCUCUGGUCUUACAUCAAUCACUUGGAUAGUUUCUGGUGGCGCUCUUCUUCAGGCUUCUGCAUUUGUCUGGAUGUUGGUGAAAAGCAGCUUUAGCGGAGUGUUUCAGAUUAUAUGCCCUCUUGUACUGGCUGCAAUUUUGGGAAUUGGUGAUGGUGUUCUUAAUACUCAACUGAAUGCUCUUCUUGGAUUGCUCUUCAAGAGUGAUACGGAAGGAGCAUUUGCACAGCUAAAAGUCUGGCAGAGUGCAUCGAUUGCAGUAAUCUUCUUCUUGAGCCCCUACAUCUCGUUGCAGGCUAUGUUAUGGAUAAUGCUCGCCGGAGUCUCUCUCUCAUUUUCUGGGUUUAUGUACCUCUCUCUUAAUGUAGAAAAAGCAUUCUCCCGUUUCAGAUUUUGAAAGCUUUGAAUCCUCAUGUUUCACGCUUCCAAUAUUCGCAUUAUAUGGGAAAGUUGUAUUCUCUGGGCUCUUGGAACCUGUCCGAGUGCAAAGUUCGCGAAAGUGAACUGACUUUGAAGUGUAUUUACCAUGUCUGUGAAUGAGAAAUUACCAUUUGAAUUUCCUUAUAGA